AUGUGCUCCUCAGUGCCGGCGGGAGCGGGUGGGAGUGGGAUCUGUUGUGUUGGUGGUGUCGUGGGGAGAGGGAGCGGUGGGGGUUGAACAGUCAGCGCGCAGCCCCUCGGUGCUUGUGUCCCUAUCCCCUGUGAGGGCUGCCGGUGGCCCCUUGCCCGGCCCUGCGUUCCUGCCGCCGCUUCCCCCCCGCGGGAUGCGGGCUCGGCCCGCCCCGCCGGCCCUAUUCCCCGCGCCGGCCGCAGCAUGAGCGCGGCGAGCGACACGUACCACCUCAUAAAAGACAUAAAACCCGGAUUGAAAAACUUAAAUGUCAUCUUUAUUGUGCUGGAGAUCGGGCGAGUCACCAAGACGAAGGACGGGCACGAAGUGAGGUCCUGCAAAGUGGCGGACAAGACGGGCAGCAUUACCAUCUCCGUGUGGGACGAGAUCGGCGGCCUCAUCCAGCCGGGGGACAUCAUCCGCCUGACCAAAGGGUACGCAUCUCUGUGGAAAGGAUGCCUGACGCUUUACACAGGACGAGGAGGCGAGCUGCAUAAAAUUGGGGAGUUCUGCAUGGUAUACUCAGAAGUGCCAAACUUCAGUGAGCCCAACUCGGAACACAUCGGGCAGAACAAACUGGCACAGGGUGAACAGAAUAAUAGUUCUGCGUCAAGUAAUAUGGGUUCUUGUACUUUUGGGCCACUGGGAAAUGGUUUACAAACUGGACCAGAAUCAAGUGGAUUUCCGUUUACAUAUAAUCAUGGCCACACUUAUGCAGGUAGUGGGAGAGGCAGUGGCCGAGGACCUGUAAAUCCAGCACCAGCUAAUAGCGUCCAGCCUCUUCCCCCUGCUGUCAGUAAUGGGAGGGACCCACGCAGAGCCUUUAAAAGAUGACUAUGCCAAAUGUGGUUGUACAGCUUGCUUAAACUCUACACUCUACUUGAACACUUAUUGCACUUUUAUUUAUAGUUAACUGUGAACUAGUUUGUCCUUUUUUUUUUUUGUUUUGUUUUGUUUUGUGGGGUUUUUGUUUUAACCUUUUGGUCUAUGGAGCAAACUUGAUGUGAUAUAUUUCUUGUUUUGCUUAGGGAAGCACAGUGAGUCUUCCCCAUAAAUUAAGGGGGUGAAGGUGGAUAUAAGAAAAUAAGGGUAAGGGGUUGAAGAGUCUCAAUGAAAACUUGGUACCCUUUGCUAAAUGCAAGAAAAUUUCAGUUACAUGUAUGUAUGUAUUUUUCUGUUUCUGUUGGUCAGCCAUAUAGCCUUAAAAGGUCUAUUGCAUCCUGUGCGUGCAUACGUUGACUUCCAUUAGGAUUAGUGGGAGUUCUUCAUAUUGGAAGAGAAAUGAAGGGGAAUGGCAAAGAUGCUCUUCUGAACUAGGUGUCCUUGGAAUUACUAUAGCUUGUGAAAGCAAUAACUGUAAGGAAAUAGCAGUGUCAGCACCCAGUGGUGUCUCCUGGAUCAGAGAAUGGAUAGCUCAGGUGAAAGUUGAAGAUGUGGCAAGCAUCUUGAAGCUUGACUUCUGAUUCAAAAAAAAGUGUACACUAUUUAAAAAUUCUCCAUAAACACCAUUAUCACUGUCAAGGAAAGUGACACUGAUUGUUGGUGGUUUUUUUUUUCUUUGGAUAGAAGUUUGGCUAUUCAUUCUUGCUUUGCAUGAAAUAGCAGGAGAGGAGGAUGUAAAUUCAGACAUCAUUGCGGAAUAGGGUGUUUGUAGCCACGCCUUGUGUGAAAGCCCAGGGUUAUCUUGCAGGAGUCUGAAUUUCCAGGAGAACUGUUUUCAAAUGCUGCAUUACCCAUCUCUUCAACGAGGCUGCCUACUUCUUCUUUCAUUCACUUUUCCAAAUGAAUUAUGUAUUAGGUGAAGCCACGCGCAUGGAUUACAGAGGUACUGGCCAAACACACAGCUGCACUUCUGGAGCUGUUAAGCUGCUAUGCUUUCUUUGCUCUGUUUCAUAUGAAAUACAAAUUAUCCCUUAAAGAACUUAACCCCCCACCAUCUCCCAGGGGAAGAUAGCUGUGGUUUUAUUUCUGAGAUCACAAAUGCCUUGGUUCUAGAUCAGAGUCCAGUGCCAUAUUUCAGAUCAGGUUCAAAACAGCUUGGAAGCUGAGGUGUCAUACUGGAUUCAUCUGUUUAAAUCUUCUUAUAGCUGACCUCUCAAAUAAAAAAAAAAUUGCACUAAGCUUUUCAAAAACAAAUCUAACUUUCUUUCUGUCAAGCCAUAAAGACUUCAUGACAAAAUGCUAUUUCUGAAUUGUGAGUUCUAUCUGUGGUCAUUCAUGUUAAUUGAAUCUACUACUAUGUCACUAAUGUUUACAAAUUAUUUACAUUUGAUCCUUCUGCUGUUGGUACUCUGUGAUUUGUUGAAAGUUGCUUCUAAUUGGCAAAAGCUCCUGUCUUAGCCUGAAAUACUGAGCUUUCUUUUAAAUGCAAGCAGCAGCAACAACAAACUUCUGCAGGGAGGUUUAGAGAGAGGCCUGUUUGCCUCUGAUCUGGUGUAAAGUGCUGUCCUGAUACCUGUGUCCAGGUGGAAUUAGCAAAAUUUGUCUUGCACAUGACAGGGUGGCUUGUCUUGUGACAUCACCCAUGGGUGCCAUUACAGAAGAACCGUGCUAACUGCUGAGCUGUAACAGAAAGAAUGCAAUGACUUCAGGGGAAAUGGUAUAAGGAGGUGUUUAACUCAGGGACUUUAAACUGCAUAUUUAAAUAAGUCAUGUAUAGUCUAGAUGCAUGGACAACCUCUUCUGCAGUGUUGCAUUAAGGCAUUUGAUAUGUGUGUGAGAAGGAGGCCAAGAGGACUUCUCCACCUGUGAAGGAUAUGUGACAUGUUCCAGAGGUAAAGGAGAUGUAAGUAUGGCGUGAGAGCUGUGCGUGCCAGGAGUAGCUGUACAAGUAGCAAGAGAACGGUGCAAGUGAUGGCAUGGUGGAGAUUUCAUGCUCAUGGCAUCUGACUGAUUCUAUGGUUCUAUUCUGUAUCUUCACCAUUGAGCUCAAAUCCUGGUGGUCUUGGCUUCUCUCCAGCAUAAAGAAGGUUGAAAUAGGGGGGAAACCCUGUGUUAGUGUGUGCUGAGGUGCCUGAUGUUUGUAGCUCUAUGCGUUUGAGGUUUUAUUAAGCUAAUAAACAGAAUACUUGUUCACAAA